CCUCACUUUGCAUUUUUACAUCCAGCCAUUCCUGCUGUUUGACUUGUUCAAAUCUCUCUCGCUUCCACAUAUCUAGCCGCCAGAAUACUAUGUGCUGGCAACGGUGAAGAUUAAAGACCUGGAGAUGGCCACCACACUGUCAGAAACACAAGGUGUGAGAAUUGCUGUCGUCGGUUGUGUAAGGUCCCGGCCAACCCGAACUCAAACCAGAAUCUUGUGCGCGAUUGCUUUUCUAGCGCAUAUUAUGCGUGGUCUUUUUCUUUUGUUAACCGUCUUUCUCGUGUAAAGCGGCUGCUAACAGCACUUUAGGGCCAUGGAGUCCUUAAUUCCAUCUAUGCGUCAGUGGCCGCGUCCGCCGAGCUCAAAGGCUGGGACAGUGUUGAUCUGGUCAUCAUAGGAGGAGAUUUUCAGGCCAUUCGGAAUGCGCAAGACCUCAACGUUAUUUCCAUGCCACCGAAGUACCGGGAAAUGCAUGAUUUCCAUGAAUACUACGCCGGUAUUCGCAAAGCCCCAUACCUUACAAUAUACUGUGGAGGUAACCACGAAGCCUCGAACUUCCAAUUUGAGUUGUUCUACGGUGGUUGGGUCGCACCGAACAUAUACUAUAUGGGAGCUGCCAAUGUGCUUCGACUUGGUCCGCUGAGAAUAGCUGGGAUGAGUGGAAUAUGGAAAGGCUUUGACUACCGCAAACCACACUAUGAGCGAUUGCCUUUCACCGAUGGAGACAUAAAGAGCUUCUACCAUCAGCGCGAAAUGGACGUUCGUAAACUGUUGCAGAUCAGAUCACAAGUCGACAUUGGGUUGAGUCACGAUUGGCCGCUUAAAAUUGAAUAUGCUGGUGAUCACGAAACGCUCUUCAAAAAGAAGUCACACUUCAAGGAAGACUCGUUGCAGGGCCAGUUGGGCAGUCCUGCUGCGAAAUAUGUGCUUGAUCGACUUCGUCCCCCGUAUUGGUUCAGUGCUCAUAUGCACGUAAAGUUUGCAGCCAUAGUCAAUCAUCCCGAUCCAAUUCUGCCAGAAAAGGCGAACGCACAGGAACGACAUGAACAAGAAAAUCAAACACCUUCACUAGGUAAAAACGACGAUGAAAUUGACCUCAACAUGUUUGAAGACGCUGGGCCUUCUGUGCCAGCAAAGAAUGAAGACGAGAUCGAUUUAGGCUUGGACGAAGACGAUGAAGAGACACGAGCAGAGCAGAGCACAAACGGAAUGGAGACCCGAGGCACCAAGCGCUCACGAUCUCUCGUGAGCGAAUCCUCAAUACCCGAAGACUUGAGAUCGCAGCUUCCAGAAUCGUUUUUCAAGUCUAAGCACGAUACUAUGAAACUUCCGUUUCCUGAAGCAAUCACAAACCGAGUAACUCGAUUUCUGGCAUUGGAUAAACCAAUGAAGGACCGCGAUUUUUUGCAGUUACUCCAGGUUGAACCGCUACUCCCUAGCGAGACUCCUAUGCGGCGACCAUUUCGACUGGAGUACGAUCCCGAAUGGCUUGCUAUAACUCGUACAUUUGCUAUUACGGAGCCAUUAGUUUUGGGUGACCCUACGGCGCAAGUUCCACGAGACAAGGGAGAGGCUGUAUAUCAGCCACUCAUAGCUGAUGCUUCAGAGUGGGUCAAAGAAAAUAUCAUUGAGAAUCCUGAUGUGGACCUCUUCAUACCGGAAAAUUUUGAGCAAACUGCACCGGUUUUUGACCCAAAGAAGGGUGAUAAGGUUCCUGGUCAACCGAAGGAGUAUCCCAAUCCACAGACGGCACGCUUUUGUGACAUGCUCAAGAUACCCAACCCCUUCAAUAUUAGUUCCAAAGAAGCAAAUGCGAGGCAGAAAGCUGGCCCGCGACCUGAGCCAUCGUUUCGUGGUCGCGGAGGAGGUCGUGGUUCCAGAGGAGGUCGGGGAAGUAGAGGUGGACGUGUUAGUGGUGCUGCUGACCAUGGCGAAGGUUCUGGGGGUCGUGGCCGAGGUCGCGGUCGCGGUAGAGGCCGCGGGCGCGGUGGAUGAACUAUUUUGGAUUAUAUGCUCACGCUGGUAUCGAUUAUUCGAUUCAUCAGGUGCUCAGGUUUUGCCCUGCUGAGAUAUUUUUUCACUGGAUUGGACGGCCUGCUUUCAAGGUUGCUUCGUGAGAAUACUCUCAGCUCUAAGUGGGUUCUCAUUCCUUAUCGGAAAUUAUUUUUGUGCCUACAUCGACAACAAGCUACCGCUAGAGUGGCGUAUCAGCACAGAAGUCGAGACAAGGCAUAUAUAGAAUUUCAAACCUGGGGAGGCCGGAUGAAGCUUUGAGGAGUUGGCUACGAUGAGUAAAUGUUAGAGGUCUGUUCCUCAACUUAAGAAGCAGAAAAAUAACGUGGAAAUCCCUGAUA